AUGGCGUGGAAGGUGCUGGCCUCCCUGGUCUGGCUGCAGGCACAGCUCCCGGGUACAGGGGCACAGAGCUUCGGCCUGCUGGACCCCAAACUGUGCUACCUGCUGGACGGAAUCCUCCUCAUCUAUGGUGUCAUUAUCACUGCCCUGUUCCUGAGAGCAAAGUUCCAGUUCUGCCGGAGAGCGGCCGCCCCUGAGGACCCGCAGGGCCCCAACCAGCUCUACAACGAGCUCAAUUUAAGAGGAAGAGAGGAGUAUGAGGUUUUGGACAAGAGACGAGGCCUGGACCCUGACAUGGGAGGAAAACAGCAGAGGAAGAGGAAUCCUCAGGAAGUCGUAUACAAUGCGCUGCAGAAAGACAAGAUGGCGGAGGCCUACAGUGAGAUUGGGAUAAAAGGCGAGAACCAGCGUCGGAGAGGGAAGGGGCACGAUGGCCUUUACCAGGGGCUCAGCACGGCCACCAAGGACACCUAUGACGCCCUCCACAUGCAGAACCUGCCUCCUCGCUAACAGCACUAACCACAAGCCAGACCCGUGGACACCCAGAUUGUUAAAGACACAGGAUAAAGCAUUUAUAACCCAGUUCACCUCCAAAGUGUUUCCUCUUAAGAACUGGGUGCUUUGCAUUGUUAACAUUUGGACAUAUCCAAAUUGGAAACCAUCAUCCCUGGACUCCGGAGGGCAGUGUGCUCCUGCCCAUCCUUGAGGAGUCCGUUGUGAGGGCGGCGCGUUUUGGGGGUUUCUGCGGGGGCGUGGGGGGGGUGUCUUCCGGUGCAUUGGACACUGGGGACGGGCCCCUCUCGGGGAGGCCCCGGGCUCCUCCUCACAGCCGAGUUCUGUCCAUGUAUUGUCAAGUCCCCAGAGAAACCCCAAAUGUUAGCACAUAUCCCAAUAGCCUUUAUUGUUCCCUCGGGAUUUGAGUGGCUUUGCUCCUGCUGUAAAUUUGGCUUCUGUCAUCAA